CAAUCGCCGGCAAGAUGAAGGUGGACAUCGAUGGGCUGGAGGUGCUCUUCCCGUACGAGCGCAUGUACUCGGAGCAGCUGCAGUACAUGCGCGAGCUGAAGCGCGCGCUGGACGCGCAGGGCCACUGCAUGCUGGAGAUGCCCACGGGCACGGGCAAGACGGUGUCGCUGCUGGCGCUCGUGCUGGCCUACAAGCACGCGCACCCGACGGCCGGCAAGCUCGUGUACUGCACGCGCACUGUGCCCGAGAUGGCCAAGUGCGUGGAGGAGAUCAAGAAGCUCGCGCAGUACCGCACCGCGCACUACGGCGCCGACAAGGCGCAGCUCACGGCCGUGUGCCUCAGCUCCAGGCGCAACAUGUGCGUGCACCCGCGCGUCAUGGCACACGCCGACGGCGAGGACGUGGACGGCCAGUGCCGCAAGAUGACGGCGUCCUGGGUGCGCGCGCGCGCGGCCAAGGCGCGUGAGGCCGCGGCCAGCGGAGACGUCCCAAUGGACGGAGGGGAACAGGUGCGGGAGGUCGAGACCUGCUCGUUCUACGAGAACUACGACGCGCGCAAGAGCGACGACACCGUUCUACCGCCCGGGAUCUACUCGGUGGACGACCUCAAAGAGAUCGGCGCCAAGAAGGGGUGGUGCCCCUACUUCCUGACGAGAUACGUCGUCACCUUUGCGGACGUGGUGGUCUACAACUACCAGUACAUGCUGGACCCCAAGGUGAGUCAGCUGGUGUCCAGGAGCUUCGAGAAGGAGAGCAUCGUGGUCUUCGACGAGGCACACAAUAUCGACAACGUGUGCAUCGAAGCGCUGAGUGUGGACCUGGACCGACGCUCGCUGGACAGGGCGUCCAGGAACUUGACCACGCUGUCCAGUCAGGUGAACAAGUUGAAGCAGGCGGACAAGGCGCGGCUGGAUGCAGAGUAUCGCAGGCUUGUGGAUGGGCUGAGGUCGAGUAAUGCCGUCGUGGCGCCCAGCUACUCGGACCCGGCCACGAACCGCAACAUUGACACAAGCAACGACAUCAUGAUCGCUAACCCAGUGCUGCCCGAUGAUGUCCUGGAUGAAGCUAUCCCCGGUAACAUUCGACGCGCAGAGCACUUCGUGGCGUUCAUGCGCCGACUUAUUGAGUACCUGCGGCAGCGGAUUCGAGUGCGGCAGGUGGAGUCGGAGACGCCGCAGGCGUUCUUGCACCACCUACAUCAGGCUAUCAAUAUGGAGAUCAAGCCCAUGAAGUUUUGCUACACGCGACUCAACUCGCUGCUGCGCACGCUGGAAGUGACGAACUUGGAGGAAUACAACGCGCUGACUGAUGUGGCGGACUUUGCGACGCUGGUGGCCACCUACGCAGAAGGCUUCAUGCUGAUUAUUGAGCCGUUCGACAGCGCGUCUGGCGUGCACGACCCUGUGCUGCAGCUUUCCUGCUUGGACGCGUCGCUGGCGAUCCGCCCCGUGUUCGAACGCUUCUCCAGCGUCAUUAUUACGUCCGGCACGCUGUCUCCCAUUGACUUAUACCCGCGGCUGCUGAACUUCAACCCCGUGAUCCGCGAGUCGCUGCCCAUGUCCGUGUAUCGCUCGAGUAUUUGUCCGCUGGUGAUCACGCGCGGAAGUGACCAGAUGCCUGUGAGCACCAAGUUCGAUCUCCGUGACGACAUGUCGGUUGUGCGCAACUACGGCACUUUGUUACUCGAGAUGGCAUCUUGCACGCCGGACGGCAUGGUGUGCUUCUUCCCGUCGUAUCUGUACAUGGAGAAGAUCAUCGGCCAGUGGGACUCGCUUGGCGUGCUAAAGCGUGUGCUAAGCAGCAAACUACUUUUCAUCGAGACCAAGGACAUCGUGGAGACGACCCUCGCGCUGGAUAACUACAAGAAGGCCUGUGACUGUGGUCGAGGCGCCAUCUUCUUCUCCGUCGCGCGUGGUAAGGUGGCAGAAGGAAUCGAUUUCGACCGUCACUAUGGACGCGCAGUGAUUCUAUUCGGCAUCCCGUUCCAGUACACGCUGUCCAACACGUUGCGCGCGCGACUUGAGUACCUGCGCUACACGCACCAGAUCCGUGAGGGCGACUUCCUCACAUUCGACGCGCUACGUCAAGCCGCUCAGUGCGCCGGUCGCGUUCUUCGUAGCAAGACUGACUACGGUCUCGUCAUCUUCGCUGACUCGCGCUACAAUCGCGCUGACAAGCGAACCAAGCUGCCUCCGUGGAUCACGCAGUUCCUCGUGGACUCGCACCUGAACCUGUCGGUGGAUAUGGCCGUGUUCAUGGCCAAGAAGUACCUGUCGCUGAUGGCGCAGCCUGUGGACGAGUCCACCAACGUCAACUCCAUCCUGCUAGAUGCCGAGGGCGUCGCCAAGUGGCUCGGCAAACACCCCAAGGAGGACGAACCCAUGCAGUAAAGAAUGAAUAGCAGAUGCACCACCGAAGGACUAGCACAGCACUAAGAUCCGACCUUGAGGCUAAGAUUAACAAUUGAUCAACAGGACAAAGUGCAGCAAUAACAACAGGCGUAUCGUGUGUGUGUGUGGGUAUAAAACUCUCCAUUUCGGAUUAACCGGCCGCCGAUCACAAGGCAAAGACGACCUGCAUCCCUACAGCAAGCUUAAGUGUGCGAAUCAACGCGGCGCUUACUUGCGGGGCUCGUCCAGCACGAUGCCCUCGAACUUGGCCUGGAACCAGUUGAUGGCGUCGUCCUUGGUCAGGCGGUGGGGGUGGCCCACACGGCCCUGCUGGAUCUUACGGCGGGCCACACGGGCACCCGGGCGCUUGAGCACCACGAAGAAGUCCAUGCCGUAAAUGCCCGUGGACGGGUCGUACUUGAUGCCCAGGUCGAUGUGCUCCUGGAUACCGAAGCCGAAGUUGCCCGUCUCGGAGAAGUUCUUCUUCAGCAGCUCGUAUUCCUUGACCUUGAGGCCGCGGUCCAGGAUCUCCUGGGCGAGCUCGCCACGGAUGGUCACGUGGCACGAGAUCUUUUCGUUACGACGGAUGCCG